AUGGAGGAAUCCGAAAAGUGUAUGGAUAAAGAGCCUGUUUUGGGGGGCUGCGAUCCGGAUCAGAGAAAUGCCAGCGGAGAACACGAUUCGGCUCAGUCCACCGCCCCUGAAAAUGAACCGGUUAAGUCAGCCGAGUCUGAGCCAACACGGAGCAGACUGAAACUCUUCAACAAAGUAAUGGAGAAAAGUUUCCAGCGGCUUAUAACUGACGCAAGUUUUCAAAGGUUCGCCCGUUCCUUCCAUCCACUGUACAAACAGAACAAGCAGAUGACGGAAGCCAUUCACAAACAGUUUAUCAGUGACCUGCAGAAAAGCAUUCAGGAGGACAUCAGCAGAGUGAUUGAAGAAGGUGAGCUGCAUAUUAAACUGGACGAGUUGGACAAACUGGAGGAGUUGGCUAAGAACACCACCCAGCCCGCAUGGCGGCCCAGCGGAUGUCCUGAGCGGGACCUGAGCAGUUCAUUGGUCCCGUAUUUCCAGGCUCAGGAGGAGUACCUAUGCAGGGAGUUGAGGAAACUGCAGAAGGAGAACACAGCACUCGCUGAGAGGGUUCAGGCCGGUCGGCAGGCCAUUGUACAAACCGAACAACGCAUCACUGCCACAGUGGAGGAAUGGAAGGCUUCAGUUGGUGAUAUGGAAGCGUUUGUGUCAUCUGUCUGCCCCUCUGAAACCUUUGACUUCUGA